AUGUCUGCCGAUCAAAUUCAAUAUUCGGAGAAAUAUUUCGAUGCUGUCUACGAAUAUCGACAUGUUAUAUUGCCGGCAGAACUAACCAAACUCGUACCCAAAUCACAUUUGAUGACCGAAACGGAAUGGCGCAACUUGGGUGUUCAACAAAGUCCUGGUUGGGUACACUAUAUGAUGCAUGCUCCCGAACCACAUGUCAUCCUGUUUCGGCGACCACGUACAGAUUUGCCUGAUCCUGCAACAGCGACAGCAGCCUCUACAUCAAACACAACCAACAACGCAGAUGCCUCAAAGAUUACAAAUAAUGUUUCAGUUCAAGGUUAG